AUGGGAACCGACGACCUUGAUUGGGAGCUGGAAGAAGGCGUUCCUCAGGUCGAGGAUCCCUUCAUCCAGCAGUACCUGAAGGGACGGAAUUCCCUGAUUCUGGAAGAACAGAAACAACGUCAUGAUUUUAAUCUUCGAAAAUCCUUGUCCCCGACAGCUGCCAAAGCAUGUGAAAUUGUAUCCAAGAUCCGCGCCCGCGAGCUAAAGGAAGUAUGGACCAAAGGCAUGAACGAGUCGGCGGCCCAUCAAUCCGAUGAGAUCCUCUAUCCGGGUGUCAUGUUCAAUCUCGCCAAAGGUCGGAUGGAGCAUACCGAUCUUUGGAAGAUAGUGCAAAAGAUGCCAAAGGGUUCUCUGCUGCAUGCUCAUAUGGAUGCCAUGUUCGAAAUCGACUUUUUAAUAGAGCAGGCGUUCUCCACGCCUGGAAUUCAUAUGCUGGCAUCAAGGCCAUUAAUUACCCCAAAGGACUAUGACGAGGCACCGAUCAUGUUUCAAUAUUCGUCUCGUCCACGGGAGGAGCCAGACAACGAGACUACCAUGUGGACGGCUACCUAUGUGCCCUCCACAUUGAUCAAUAUUCACAAAGCAGCUUCCUCAUUCCCGGGUAAAGGAGAAGCUGGUUUCCGUGACUGGCUAAAAAGCCGAUGUAUUCUCACACCAGACCAUUCAUACAAUCAUCAUCAUGGUGUUGAUGCGAUCUGGGGUAUCUUCCAGCGCACCUUUCCCAUAAUAAAUUCACUUCUUAACUACGAGCCCAUCCUGCGCUCGUGCUUGCAACACAUGUUUAAACAACUUGCCGCAGAUGGCGUGAGAUAUGUGGAUUUCAGAAUCGCCUUUGUCUUCCAGUACAGGCGUGAGGGGCAUGAAACCCCCGAGGAAGGCUACGUUGAGUGGUGUCGAGUAUUUAAGGAUGAACUCAAGCGUUUCAAAGCCACGGAGGAAGGAAAGGAUUUCUACGGGGCACGAAUCAUCUGGACGACAAUUCGCAGACUGUCAAACAGGGAUAUUACUGAAAGCAUGAAGCAAUGUAUCGCGGUUAAGCAAGCCCUCCCCGAUGUGAUCUGCGGGUUUGAUGUGGUCGGGCAGGAGGACCAGGGGAGAUCACUCUCCGACCUCGUCCCUGUUCUGUUUUGGUUCCGGAAACGCUGUGUUGAGGAAGAAGUUGAGAUACCCUUCUUUUUCCACGCUGGAGAGUGCCUUGGCGACGGCGACGAGACAGAUCACAACCUAUUCGACGCGAUCCUAAUGGGAACUCGGAGAAUAGGACAUGGGUUUUCACUCUACAAACACCCCCUGCUCAUUGAGCUAGUCAAACAAAAAAGAAUCCUCGUCGAGUGCUGUCCCAUCUCGAAUGAGAUUCUCAGACUCGCGAGCUCCAUCAAGGCUCAUCCCCUUCCUGCUCUUUUAUCCCGCGGUGUAUCCGUGUCACUCUGCAACGACGACCCAGCCAUUCUUGGCCAUGGCCAAAACGGAUUGACGCACGAUUUCUGGCAAUCCGUCCAGGGAUUGGAAAAUAUGGGUCUAUCGGGCCUCGCCAUGAUGGUCGAGAAUUCGAUCCGAUGGAGUUGUUACGAAGAUCAAUCGACCGCAGAAUGGCAAGCCGACAUUUCGGAUGGAAUCCUGGGCGAUGGGCUGAAAGCUGCACGGUUGCGAGAGUGGUAUGCGGACUUUGAAAAAUUCUGCGAGUGGGUUGUUCAGGAGUUUGCAGAGGCGGAAUUCGAUGACUGA